GGUGCAAGUCUUAAGGGUACCCUAAAGCAGUACCACCCUUGCCCUGCAAGUUAUAUCUAUCUUGCACCAACAAAACAGGAUGAAGUCCGUGACCCAAAGCAGAAAGCUAUAACCUACUUUACUUUCUCUUUAUAAAUAGCACUCACUCCCCAAUCUUCCCUUACAACCUAACCUUCUAACCUUCUUUAUUCUACCUCUCUUCCAAAACCAAAACCCUCACACUCUAUAAGCUUUGAUUUUCUAACUUUACCUAAAAUGAGGAGCAUACCCACCACGACAACCUCAACUUCAACCGCACCCACAGCCGCCACGUCAUCAUUAACCACUCCUCCGCACCCCACGUGGCACUCUCCCGUUCCGUACUUGUUCGGAGGACUCGCCGCCAUGCUUGGUCUCAUAGCCUUCGCUCUCUUGAUCUUGGCUUGCUCCUACUGGAAAAUUUCUGGUGCGUUGGAGAACGAGGAGAACCGUGAAAGGAACAUGGAGAACGGCGGCGGUGAGAAACAGGGUGAUUCUGAGAACAAGGAAUCUGUUACCGUGUACGAGGAUAAGAUUCUGGUCAUUAUGGCUGGAGAUGAGAAACCCACAUUCUUGGCCACCCCCAAAGCCUCCUCUGUUUCUCGUCCACUUCCCAGCCAUUUUGAGCACAGCCUCCAACACCACGUGACUACUGAGAAAUCAGAGAAAGAAAUGGAAACCCAACAACAACAACAGAGUCAGCUAUCUUAAUAACAUAUCAUUUGGUUUGUAAUUCUAUGAUUUUCUAUCUAUCGUAGAAUAGAGUUCACAGGGAACAUCUUACUAUGUUUCUCAUCAUUCACUCUCUUUUUCUUUUUCUUUUUCCUUUUCCUUGUCUAUCGACCUUGUUGUAUUCUAUUGUUUGUUCGGAAACUGUAAAUCUAAUCAAGCGAGAUGAAUUAGAGUU